AUGGCUUGCGAGAUCUCAGAUCUGGGGGCUGGAAAGGGUGAUUUUUGUAUGACAAGGGUGGUUUUAAUUGGAAAAAUGUGCUUUAGAGUGUUUGGUUUAGUAGGGAAUCUCUUUUUCACUCUGAUUUUAGCCCAUUUACAAGGUGUAAGUCGGUUGUUUCCAUCUUUGGCUGAGAUCUGA